AUGAGCGGCUUCUCAGAGCGCGAAGUACAGCUCAUGGCCUGCGCCUUCCAAGCCAUGAAGACACCCCCCGAGAUCGACUACCAAGUCAUGGCACGCCUGGCCGGCAUGUCGCACCCGGGCUCCGCCAGCAACGCCAUGCGCGCCAUCCGGCGCAAGCUCGAUGCCCGCGUCCCUGGUACCGGUAACGCUGUAGUCAGCGGCAAUGGCUCACCUGGAACUCCAGCCAAGAAGACCUCCCGCGCCGGCAAGAAGCGCUCUGCCGCGACCAUGACAUCGACCUCGGACAGCUUCUUCGAUAACGAAGAGGAGGAUGCGGCCGCCACUGACGAGAGUCCGUCCAAGAAGAAGAACAAGAUCAAGUCUCGUGCCAAGGGCGGCGAAGAUGACGCCGGCGCCGUGAAGGUGAAGAAGGAAAGGCGGGACGAAGAGGACGAGGUGGAGGAGCAUGGUGAGGAUGAAGACAUCGACGUCGAAGAGGUCUGA